CUUUGCUCUCACCGGUUCUGUUCACGAGACACUAAUAUUCAUGUAUGUCGACGUCAGCCUUUUCCUGAGCCUUCCUCGCAAGAAUUUUGAGCCGCAAGUCCGCUGGUGGACAGCGCGGAACACCAUCUUUCCUGGCCCGACCUCUCUGCUAGUGGCCAACUUCCCUCAUCGUGCUGUAACGUUGGAUACGUAGCAUCUCGGCCUAACUUGACCGGUAACUACACACUUGAUACCUGGCCUUGGGCAGCGACACCUAUGGAGUCUGUCGGAGGGUUGAGGGGGAGUGAUGGGCAGCGGAGUUGAUAAUAUGUAGCCCCGAGACUCCACGUAUAUCAUCUUCACAAGCACGUUGUAUUGUUGACCUGUCACCCUCUCUGAAUCACCAGUCUCGAAUACACAGCCUUUCAGGGCAUACAUCGGUGAAGAGAGUGGCUGUCAUGUCUGGACAUGGCAGAAGCUCACAUAAGCAUGCGGGGGAUGGGGGCAGGCAUUCGACCAACAAUCUCCAUCCCGAUCCCAGAAGCUUCCUCUUUGUGAUCAACGAGCUGGAGGUGAAAAAAGACGACACCUAUCACGAGGGUGAUAGCUGGUACAACCGCAUACCGCCUAGCAUCCCUAACGGAUAUGGAGGAGAGACGCUCGGAACGGUUAUGAGGUAUCGUAAUGGGAGAGUGACAGUGGCUCCUGGAUAUAGGUGGUACCGCGAAGGCAUGAACGAAACCACCGGGUGGUGGCCUGCUGGUGGUGUUGUGGUUUGCAAUCCUGACGAAUCGCCCAUGUAUACCGAGGAUGGAAUGCUGCAAUACGCUGCCCUCUACAAGCAACUCGCAGUCUUCUCAUGCAACCCCUUUCUCCCGGUCGUUGUCGUCAACGGAGACCCAUUAUCCGCCGAGUCGCUUCCUCGAUCGCCCCUACAGUUCCACCAUCCUCUUCACCAAGAAGGAAUAUCACACGCUGUACACCCGGAAAGUAUCAUGCAGUAUGGUCUCGGACCGCGCAAAUACGUGGCCGGGGCAAACCCCAGCUGGAUGCCCAGCCUGGUGCCGGCGAUUUACAGUAACCCUUAUAAUCCGGUUCCGUCGACUGGUCUUGCGGGAGAGCUUCCUAUUAUCCUUGGUUUGAUGGCAUUUGGCGAAUCUAAAAACGUGGAAGGAGCAGUGGAUCGAACUUUUCUGGGAGAUGGUGUGCACCGUGGCAAAUGGCGUGAUGGGCAAUGGCAUCGUGCGGAGGCUCCUCGGGGGUAUGUGCUUUCCGCAGAAGAGGACCCGCGAGGCUUCCUCAUUACGGUGCUGUUCGACCCAGAGAACCCGGAAUACUCGAAUGAAUCCUCUCUCUUCGCAAUGGAAUGGACAGAAGUGAUUGUUCGAGAAAGUCGAAGAUAAACGGCCAUGGCAUGGCAUGCGCUCUGGCUUCUGUCCCUAUGCAUUUCUUUCUCUU